GCCGCCGGCUCGGCCCCCGUCCCGUCCCCACGGAGCCGCGGCGAUGGCGGCCGGGCGGCAGCGGGCAGCCCGCCUCCUGAGGCAGCUGCAGCGGGCAGCAUGUCGGUGCCCGAGCCAUGGCCACACUUAUUCCCAAGUCCCUGAACGGCCUACCUUGGGAAGCACAGACUAUGCAUUUGAGAUGGCCAUUUCAAACAUCGGGUACGGAGAAGGAGUUACUAAAGAGGUUGGCAUGGACCUGCAGAAUCUUGGUGCUAGAAGGGUGUGUUUGAUGACAGAUAAGAACCUCUCAAAGCUCCCUCCUGUCAAUGCAGUAUUGAAUUCCUUGGCAAAACAUGGAAUAAACUUUCAGAUGUACGAUAAUGUCCGGGUGGAACCAACAGACCAAAGUUUCCUGGACGCCAUUGAAUUUGCUAAAAAGGGAGAGUUUGAUGCCUACGUUGCGGUUGGAGGUGGGUCUGUGAUGGACACCUGUAAAGCUGCCAACCUGUACGCGUCCAGCCCGACCUCAGACUUCUUGGAUUACGUCAAUGCUCCAAUUGGGAAAGGGAAGCCCGUCACCGUGCCCCUCAAGCCACUCAUUGCAGUUCCUACGACGGCUGGAACUGGAAGUGAAACCACUGGCGUUGCCAUUUUUGACUUCAAAGAACUAAAAGUAAAAACCGGUAUUGCUUCAAGAGCCAUUAAGCCAACAUUAGGCAUCAUUGAUCCUUUACAUACACUGUCUAUGCCUGAGCGAAUAGUGGCCAACAGUGGCUUUGAUGUGCUUUGCCAUGCUCUAGAAUCGUACACCGCUCUUCCUUACAACAUGCGGGGUCCCUGCCCUUCAAACCCCAUCAACCGACCAGCUUACCAAGGCAGCAACCCCAUCAGUGAUGUCUGGGCUCUUCAUGCUCUGCGCAUUGUGGCUAAAUAUUUGAAAAGAGCCAUCAGAGACCCUGAAGACCGUGAAGCCAGAGCCAACAUGCACCUUGCAAGUGCUUUUGCUGGUAUUGGCUUUGGCAACGCUGGUGUUCAUCUCUGCCAUGGAAUGUCUUACCCUAUUUCUGGUUUGGUGAAAAGUUAUAAACCAAAGGAUUAUAAUGUGGAUCACUCUUUAGUGCCACAUGGCCUUUCUGUGGUGCUGACAUCCCCAGCAGUGUUUGCUUUUACGGCACAGAUACGUCCUGAGCGGCACUUGGAAGCUGCAGAGAUACUAGGAGCUGACAUCCGCGCUGCCAGAAUCAAAGAUGCGGGGUUUAUUUUGGCAGACACGCUCCGGAAAUUCCUGUUUGAUCUGAAUGUUGAUGAUGGCUUAGCUGCAAUCGGUUAUUCUAAAGCAGACAUCCCUGCCUUAGUCAAAGGCACUCUGCCUCAGGAGAGAGUGACUAAAUUAUCACCACGUCCCCAGACAGAAGAAGACUUGUCUGCCCUCUUCGAGGCUUCCAUGAAGCUUUAUUAGCUUAAACAUUUUGUUCUGAAAAGUGUGCUCUAUUCUAACACAAAGGGAGGGGAAGCAACCCUGCAGAAAAUGUCAGCUUGCUGUAUUCUGUUCCAGUUUAUCAUCUUGUUACCGUCCGGCUUCGCUCAGAAGGCUGGUGAACUGGUGAACCUACACACUUCAUACAUGUUUGGAACGGGCUUCCUGAAAGUUUGCUUUGGGUUAAAUUUCUGACAUGUAUUGAUGUAUUGUCAGGUAUUUAUCUUUUGUUUUAAAAUCUAUAUGAAGCAUUCAGAGGGGGAGCAAAACCAGAAUAAAGCACGGUCACCUGCUCAACAGGAACCACGUAACGGCGAGACAUCAUCCAUCAUGGUCAUUUUUUGUCUCUGGGGAGGCAAUAGCUCCCUUUUCCUGCUGUGUUGUGCAGAAAGAAGCCAUCGACUGUCUCUUGCUCCUGUGUGAAGCAGUUGCUGCUGCUGCUGAGCUCCUGCAGGUGCCCUCACUCAGGGCUCAGCCACCAGCAGAAGGAAGCGGCGGUGCGCUGCGGUUGGGUAUUAAAGAGUGGUGGUGUAGCAUAUGGCUGCCCAGUGCCCCACUGGGAGCACUGGUUCAACCUGGGAAUGAGGGUGCACGUUCAGGGCAGUUAACCAGCUGGUUGACCGUCAACCGAGAAAGGGAAGUGGCAAAGGGAGAAAUGAAACUCAAAUUUUAAUACUAUUUUUCUUUUUUUAAAAAAGUGUACACGGUUGUGUGUACGGUUCAUUUAAAUGUUCAUUUAAAUCAGGUUCUGCUUCGUGUCGGACCCUUUCAGCAUCUGACUUGUGCAGCUACCACAGCACAAGACAAACUGGAGAAGAACCCUAUAACCUGUGCUCUGCUUGUUUCUGCCAGGGAGGGAGCAAUUUUCAGUCCCCCUGUUGAAGCAGAAAGCUCUGUAUUUAACCUUCACAUUCUUGGGUUUGCCUGAUAAAGCUAGUGCUGUUCUGGCGUGCGAGGAGGGAUGUGUACUGGGUAUUGAGGUUGGAUCUGGUUUAAUGCUCAGUUAAAAUAGGUGGAUGGUUGCUGGUUGAAGACUGGAGAUUUUGUUUUUAACCACUGAAUGAGUGUCAUGGCUGUAGGGACUGCGCUGCCAGUGUGCCUCUGCCUGGGCUGGGCCACGCAUUUAAUUUCCAUGUCCUUCUGAAUCUUGUCCUUCACUGAAAUUGCCAACUAGAACCUCUGUCACAAAGGCUGAUGUUGGAAUGGCGAGGGAUUCAUUUUAUUUUAUCUUGCAAAGCUGCCGUGUUUGAAAAAAAAACCUUUUUCUCAAACCCUUUUGUGUCUAAUCUUUUGGCCUGUUUCAUCUUUCUACUCUUGUCUUUC